AACACCGUCUCGCGCGCGCCAUUUUAGUUCAUGUUCACGUGGAAUUUGUUUGAUUUUGGGUGUCAUUGUAAUUUUCAUAAUUUCUGUAGAUCUAUUUCAAGUACCUAACUACCUGUUCAAAACACUAAGUUUGUAAAAAAUGGUUGACCGAAUUGAUAUGGCGUUAGAUGAUAUUAUUAAAGCUAGUAAGAAAGGCAGAGGAGGUGGUGGAGCUGGGCGAAAGUUUGAAGCCAGAAAACCAGCUAGAGGUGGUGGUGGCGGCAGUGGUGGAUUUCGAAAUGGUCGCACCGGAGGCCUGAUACGAGGAAGAAACCGUGGUGGAGUUUCCAAAGCAACUAAUUACACAAGGGGUGAUGUUAACAGCACUUGGAAACAUGACAUGUUCAAUGAAUUCACUGACCGUAAGAUUCAAAGAGGAGGAGGACCAUUAUCUACAGGACCUACCAAACUUUUGGUUUCCAAUCUGGAUUUUGGAGUGUCAGACUCUGACAUCCAAGAACUAUUUUCAGAAUUUGGUAUUCUGAAAAGUGCUGCUGUACAUUAUGAUAGAUCUGGCAGAUCUCUAGGGACUGCUGAUGUUGUAUUUGACAGAAGAGCUGAUGCUUUAAAAGCAAUGAAACAGUAUAAUGGAGUUCCAUUAGAUGGUAGAGCAAUGAAUAUUCAAUUGGCCACAUCUGAAAUUAGUUCCUUCAGGAGCCAGGAGAGAGGAGGUCGUCUCGGCAGUAUUGGUGGUGGUGGGGGUCCAAAUAGAAGAAAUUCUAAUAGAAAUAACCCACCAAACAGAAAUCAAAGUGGUGGAGGUGGUGGUCGGGGUGGCUCCCGGCGUGGGCGUGGUGGGGCUGGCAGAGGCAAGCGCCCCGCACUGACCGCUGAACAACUUGACGCUGAACUUGAUGCAUAUGUCAAGGAAAUUAAGUGAAGUUAUUUCUCACUGUACAGUGUUUGGACUGAUUGUACUUUAAAUUGUAAUAUUAAUUGAAUAGAAUAUAUGCUAAGAGACCGAUUGUUAGGUUUUACCAUUUCAUUUAAAUGACAUCAUCAUUGUGUUAAUUACAGUAAGGAAUGAUAUUUUUUUUAAAUAAAAUAGUUGGGU